AUUCUUCCUAAAACCUUUGAUUUCUCUCUCACACACAUUAAACCCUCGAGAUGGGUUCAUACACGAACACGCCAAAUUUUGACAAUCUGCUCCUUCAAACCUUAAUGGGUAGGCUUCAAGUCCGUCCACCCAACCCUCUUCAACACCAAUCGUCGCCAUCUCUAAACCAAACCCUAGAAUCUCUCCUAUUAGAUACAUUAAGCAACCUCGCCGAUACCGAAGACGACGAUGAUGAAUCCAACAACAGCGGCAAAGCCCAGCUCGCCAAAGAAGAAUCGAAGCUGGAAAAGGAGGUGAUUAAGAUCAUUCUUAGUGGAAACACAGAGGAAUCCCUAAAACCGAAUUCGGGUCAAGCCGUUAGGAUUGGAGAACACCAUAUUUGUAUCGGGUAUCAUGUGGAGCCCGGGUCGGAGUAUCGGGUCUGGGAAUGGCAUGGUCAUAUCAUGCUGUUUGAUGAAGAAAAUGGGUAUAACCCGGAGUAUAUUUACGGGAAUUAUUUCGAGAGGCUGAGAGUUGUACCGGAGAAGAAGGCUGAGGAGGAGGUAAAGGGAGAUGGCGACGAUAACGAUAAGGAGGAGAAAGCGGUGAAUUCAGGGUUAAAAGAGCUAAUUGAAUCAAGCGAUGAAUCAGGGUCGGGUCGGAUACUCCAUCGCAACAUGAAUGUUGGGUCCCCUAGGGUCUAGUCAAGCUCCUUUCGAGACGUUGAUGCCAAAGUUUGAAUCAAAAGGAAAACAGAGUCUGGCGUAUCGAGUGUUGAUCUUUCUGGAUGCUAUCAAGUUGUUCCUAUUUCACAGUUUUAUAUGUUGUUUUGAAUAGAAGUUAGAAUCUUUGCUUUCUGGGCAACUUCGCUGAGAUUGAUUGAUUUAUUUAUUUUUGAUUGAUUGGAACAUGAAAUAGAUGAAAGAAGCUUAUGUGCCAUACAUACUACAGAAUAGUUUUGCUUUCCAUUUUUGCUUCAUGC